AUGUAUGUGAAAUGGUUUGAUACAGUAAUGUUUUACUAUGUGAUUUUAGUGAAUGUCACUUUUUGUCAUUUUCAAAUUUCCCGCCGUUCCAUCCCCCGUACGUCCUGACGCUCACAGGGGACGGAACCCAGAUAACAGAUGCCGGCAUCCGCCGGAGGACAUUACAGGGGACACUGCAGGAGGGACAUCGCGGGAGCGCAGGACAAGGUAAGUGAAGAACAGAUGGCGGAGCAACUUGCAUGGUAAGCCCAAGUGUAGCUCGGGGUCACCGCUUUUGCUACAUUCAGGAAUACCGUCAGGGAGGCUAC